ACGAUUUCGAAUGAUCGAGGAGGGGCCGACCGGUGGACGUACGGUGCCGAGGGAGAGAGAGAGGAUGGCGAUGAUGGCCUUAUUCCCAGAGAAGAGGGCGGGGAUGGGGUCUCCGAUGGCUCCUCCGUCGAGCUCGAACGAAUUGGGGAAUCUGCGGUGUCCCGCAGCGCUUAGGCAGCUGGAGUCGUGCGCGGCUCUUGUGGUCGGUGCCGGAGGCGGCGGCGGCGGCGGCGGAGGGGGAGUUGGGGGGGGAGGAGGCGGAGGUCGGGUAAUCGUGGUAGGCGGGGGGGGCUGUCCUGCCUCCAAGUUCCCGCCUCCUCUCUUGUCUGGCUACGACAGUUUCCGGGACUUAGGCGUUCCAGAGGCGUACUCCAGUGCCUCCAGCUUCGUCCCAUCUACGAUCCAAAGCGGUAUUCUCUGUUCGACCAGGGAUGUCGACACUUCUGGCAUGGUCUUGUCGGGGGCGGGUUGUCGUUACUCAGAUCCGUUGGAUUACGAUCUGUCCGUCUGUGGCGCUCCCAGCAGCGAGACGGAGGACGGCUACGGUACCAGGUCCAGAUUCGGUGGGGGAGGUGACGGCGAUGGCGGCGAAUCUUUUGGACGGAGAACUCCAUCGCCGGCAGACAAUGGUGGGAGAGGAUUAGGAGUUGGAGGUGAAGGUGAAGGGGAAGAAGCUGCUCGCUUGGUUCCCGGUCGAUCGAAAAACUGCCGAUGUCUCUAUCCAUGUCCCGGGCGCAUUUGUGGCUUUGAUCGGGAUUACCGCACUAAUAAUUCUUACCAAUCGGGAUCGGGACGUACGGUUGACGAUAGGCCGGGUUGCUCGUCCGAGGACGGCUCCCACUGUUAUCGUUUGUCGGGCCUCGGGCGGCAGAGGAGGAGUCGGCCGCAUUCACUUCGACGCCAGUCGCUGUAUCCCCACCUUCAGCAGGGACAGUAUCAGAGGGGUGUUGGGGGAGGGGAGGAAAGGUAUGGCGAUGAAGAGCACUGCCUGCGAGAGCAAUUUCUGCGGCAAGAUGAGGCGAGCGAGAGGACGGUUGGGAGCGUCACGUCGGAGGCGGGCAAGGGUUCGAGCAGCUUGUCAGGACCUUCUUCCACCUACGGUCAAUACAAGGACAGGUGGAGGGAGAGAUGGCCGCCGUUUGGGGUAUCGGUGCAUUCGGCGUCGUCGUUGCAGCCGCUUUUGUCGUCGGCGGGGCGCACAGGAAGCGGCGGGGUAGAUGGCGGCGGUAUGGGAGGAGAAGAAGGGGACGAUGAGAGAAGUGGGGAAGUGGCAUUAUCGAAAGAGGAUGGGAUGAGCGGCGCAGAGGGGGCAAGCGGGAGGGGGGAAGGUGAGGAAGGGACAGAAGCAGCGGCAGCUGAUACGGCGAGGGCCGGGGGGGUAGAGAUGGCUGGACGAGGCGAUUCGUCAGGCCGUUCCCGCGCGGUCGUGGGAGCAGCAGUAGCAGCAGACUGUGUAUCGCCUGAUGGAGGGGGCGGAGGGGGUGGGGAGGGCGGGGAGAAUGCAGCGCAGGAUGACGCCGGGGUCACGGAUGGCGGUAGCAGGGAGUUGGACGCUCUCCCUGGCGCCGCCGACGGAGUGGGUGCGGGAAUGAUCGUUGAGGUCCCGCAGUCGGGGGAGGAGGACGAUCCCGGAGAAGUGGGGCCGUCGAUGAAGCCUCCACGCGGGGCCGUCGUUGAUCAGCUGCAUCGUCGCUCUCUGGCAGAAGUGGCAGCACGCACUGUGAUAGAGGGGGUGGAAGAUCUGCUCAACUCCUUAGCGAUCCAGUCGGAUGAUGUCAUUUUCAGUGAGUGGAAGAAUCCUCUCAGAGAGUGCAUGCCCGUGGACGACCGUACGGUGGACUUCCGCCUCACGUAUUGUUUUCGCGCCCACCUUCCCCAGGGGAGGUUAGCGCAGGUGAUGAACAUGAACAUGAAGCCCAGCGUACCGCUGGGCCCGGGGGGUGUUCCCGCCGGCGGGCUGCAGAGCUUGAGGUAUCUUGGGCCGGAUGCUUCGCCGUUCAUGUUUUCAAAUUUGAAACGGAUAAGCGGAGCGGAUCGCGCGCCCGCCGCCGCCGCACCUGUCCCUCCUGGACCAGCUCCCGCCGGCCCUUCUCCUGGAGCGGUGCCUGGAGCUCUCCCGGGGGGGGGGUCCUCUCUAAGAAGAGACGAUGAGAGGUUGGUGCAUCAUAUCCCCGACGAGGAGGAGGAGAGAGACGGAAGCGGUGCGUGCGUGGACCCAAACCGCCCACCUUGCUUGAGAGUGCAGAUCAAGGAUAAUGAUGUCCGUCUGCGGAAUAGCAGCAGCACGAGUGAGGGAAGGGCUGCUGGCGCUGCAGCUAUGGAUCUGGUCGCGGCUCAUGAGAUGGCGGGCGAAAGGCGUGCAGGGGAAGCGGCGGUGGAGGGAAAGGGGUUGCCGAAGGCCGCAAAGGAGUUUUGCCCGAGAUUGCUGGGUUUGAAGAGGACUGCUAGCCUAGACGGGUUCGACAGGGCGGAGCGAAGCGGAGCGGUGGAGAUGUCCGGUCAGUGGCGCGCGCCGAACGCAGGCGCAGAGGACCGGCGGUGUCCGGACAACGAAGCAUCGUCCAGUGUGAUGGGGGACGGCGGCGGGUCCGCCGGGACCCCGCCGUACAGGAUUGAAUGGCGGGGAUCGAUGUGGAAUCGCACGGGCGUGGGCCGGCCUGUUUCCCCCAUAAGGGGUGUAGACGGCAAGGAGGUGGGGGGCGGAAGGGAUGCGGAGCGGGGCUCGGGAGCGGGAGCGGGGGGGAAGGGAGCGGGAGAUGGCUGCGCGGGCUGUGGGGCGGCAGCAGUGCAGGCGCCCAUCAAUGCAGUGGCGGGGGCCCGGGGACCGAGGAGGGAUGCCCUAAUGAUGCUAGACAGAAGGGAUUUGCCGCUUCGGAAAGACGACGAUUGCGCGCUUAUGCUGUAUGAUCACGCAGGCUCGCCAGAGGAAUGGGAGAUCGACUACAAUCAGCUGCAUAUCCAUGAGAGAGUGGGGGUGGGUGGAUUUGCGGAGGUGUUUCGUGGAACCUGGCAGGGCACUCCCGUCGCUGUGAAGCGGCUGGUUGGCGACUGCGCCCGGCCAGCAGUUGUGGACCAGUUCAGAGCCGAAGUGCGCACCCUCUGCCGGGUGCGACACCCUAACUUGAUUCUUUUUAUGGGCUUCUGUACGAGCCCGCCGAAUUUGUGCAUCGUCUCGGAAUUUAUGAGAAAGGGUAGUUUGUAUAAUAUUCUUGCCAAGUACGGCCCCAUGGAGCCCGCAAAACAGAUGGCUGUGGCCAUCGCUGUGGCGAGGGGUAUGACCUACCUCCACAGUCGCAAUCCCCCCAUCUUUCAUCACGACCUCAAGAGCCCUAAUAUUCUAGUGGACGAUCUCUGGCGCAUAAAGAUAUGCGAUUUCGGCCUCGCGAGGGUCAAGCGGCACACUCGAGGGGUUACCAGCUUUGGCUCUGGAACGCCGGCGUGGAUGGCGCCAGAAGUCCUUCUGGAGGAGAAAUACGACGAAUCUGCCGACGUGUACAGCUAUGGCGUCGUCCUCUGGGAGCUCAUGACCGGCCGCGAACCCUGGAAAGGCGUCGAUCGACACCAACUUGUCACCGAGGUGGCUUAUAAGAAUGAGAGGCUUCCCAUUCCGGAGCGGGGCAAUCCUAUCCUCGCUCGUCUGGCACAGGCGUGCUGGCAGAAGCGGCAUUUGCGACCAAGUUUCGUCCAGAUUCUUCGCGAACUCGAGGUCCAUGCGACGUCCUCGCAUCCGUCUCUCAACAAUCAUGUUGCCCCUCCUUACUCGUUGGCCAUUCCGUAUGGCCAUUUUCUCCCUCCUCUUCUGCCUGCUCCCCCAGGCGUUCUCUCCCCCUCUCCAUCAGCCGUGCAUGCAUACGAUCACCGCCAUGGCCAGUUUCACCGGAGGUGAUGUAUGGAUGACCUGGCCUGCUGAGAUACCGUCUACGUCAUCCGUCCGUUUGCUUGUCGUCUUACGUUUCCAUCGUCGUCGUCGGAUUGCAUUUGUUCCGUGGGGGCCUUCGUUCUCUCUCUCUCUUGUCCCAUCAAGUUAGGGUUUGCUGCGCACAAGUAGUAGGAUGAACCUGGUCACAAAUUUGUGAGCAGGAUUCUUUCGUUUGCAGCAGGGGCACAUGGAGUAGGAUGACCCUGGACAAAUAUGUGAGCAGGGUUCUUUCGUUUGCAGCAGGGGGGAGAAGGUGUAGUUUUCUGCAGAGGGUACAUUUCGCCCUCUGCCGCCCGCGGUUGACUGGUCAACUGCCACGUGUCAAGUCUCCGUGCGCCCACGUCGAAUUGUCGUUGUGCGCCCGUGUACAGCUCAUCAGCCUUUUCCUAAUCGGAUUAGCGUCAUCUCUCUACUGCCUCACUCCAACCCCCCCCCUUCGCUAAUUAGUUGUUGUUUGAUAAAGGCCACUUUGAUGGAGGCUCAAGCAUUCGGGACAUCCCGCCCUUAUUUGCAGCACGUUGUGUCAGUUCACUCGUCCUCCUAUUCUUUGUUGUGGGCUCAUUUGACACCGCCGCCGGCUGAUGUGUCCCUUGCUGAUGUGUCCCUUUCCACGUCGAAAGAGGGAGUCAGGGGCAGCAGCAGCGGAGGAUGUUGAUAGCAGGAGAUUACGAUUGGGAGGGGGAAAAGGGGCCUGGGAAGGGGAGGGGGCGGGGGAGGGGAGAGGGCCGGGGAAGGGGAAUGCCCCGGGACCGGGGCCGGGGAAAGGGAACUGAGAGAAGGUGAACUUGGUAUUUGUUUGGACCGGAUCGGUGCGCUUCACUAGUUGCGAUGGAACUCUUGAUGGAAAAGGGUUCAUGGUGUUUUAUUUAUUUUAUAUGUAGUUUUCUCAGGCGUCUUCAAGACCCGGGAUUUGAAAUUUGAGAAGGAUGAUGAUCGGGUUGUGUACAGAUUGUGGUAAAAGCUCAUUUUGCCUCCAUUUACGAGGUCGGUGUACAGCCAAGUCAGCAAAGGCGAGCUCCAGAAUCGUACUUAUCGCUCGCUCCAUUUACCGCGGCUACCUCUGACUGAUUGGACUCGAAAGGUUCUGGCUUGAAUUGUGAUUAAGUUGAGCGGGUGAUUUGCUGACCUGGAAGAUGUCCAGCACAGCUUCAAGCGUAGCAAGGCGCCGCCACCAGGGAUACCCUGCUUGGUGUCGCAGGACUAUAGCAAAGUGCAGGACUACAGCAAAGUGCAGGAGUAUAGCAAAGUGCAGGAGUAUAGGAAAGUGGCGCGCCGGUCUUUCUCUUUCUCAUGGUCCAUUUCAGUGUUGUUGUUGUUGGUUGUGCUCUAGCAAAUUUGAUGCAUUGCAAUUGGAUUGAAGAGAACAGUUGUUGUGUGUGGGGAUCGGGAGGAGGAGGGUGCCGAUCUGGAUCUGCUGACGUGGAAAGAUGGAUGUCCAGCGCGGCAGGCCAGGACGCUGCCGCGUUGGAAACCCUGCCUGCCUGCCUGCCUGGGGAGGUCGCAAUGGUGCAUCAUCCUCUUCCUCCGCGUGCUCUAUUCUACUGUUUUAAAAGAAUGUGCUCCUGGCCGCAUUCCAGUGUGCAUGUGGCCUGCCACGCGUCAUCACCACAGCGCGACACGUCAAGCCCCGUCUGCUACACUUGACCUUUGCUGACGAUCCUUUGCUUCCCUAUCGAGUUAUUACGACGAGCAAUGAGGUGUGUUUCCAAAAGUAGGAGUAGGAGGAGGAGGAGGAGGAGGAGGAGCAGAAGGUGUUGUUCGUUUAUUUGCGCCUUUCGGCCGUUGCGUUGAAUUACUGUUACGUUGAUGGCUGCGCUUCUCUUAGCUCUGGUCCAUUGGAUUGGCGAUCAGACAACCAGA